AAUAACCAGAUAAAGGUCACUCUGGCAAUUAUGGGUGUGCCAGUCUGGCUACACUGGCUGGGCUGGUUCAUAAAGUGGCUUCUAUUGUUGGCAAAGAUUAUGGAGUGUCUACUUUUAAAUAGUGGUAUGGGUUGGGCAUUUGUGACAGUGGCAGAUUUUGAGGGCAGUAGGAACAAUUUGGGAAUUGGCACAUUGUUUACGCCUAUUAAGGGAAGCUUAUCAGUAGGAACUGUAAUGGUUCUAAUGCUCCUAGGGUGUCUGAUAAAUAUGAUUCUGUGUUUGUACUUUGAGCAAAUACGUCCCGGAAAUAUUGGCAUAACUAGAAAAUGGAACUUCCCGUUCACGCGCACGUUUUGGUGUCCGCGUCGAGAGCCUGGAGCUGACAAAAAUGGCGAUUGGGAUGAGGAAAAAGGGGCGGAUACGCGUAGAGAAAGUAUUGAAAACAAUUUUGAGGCUGAGCCAAAAGGGAAGUCGAUGGUUGUGCAGGCCCAGCAUUUGACGAAGUCCUUCGAUGGCAUCAAAGUUGUGAAGAAUUUUUCAUUGAAUCUGUACGAAGAUGAGCUUACAGUCCUGCUGGGCCAUAACGGAGCUGGAAAGACGACAACUAUAAUGAUGCUGACUGGAGUUUAUAAGCCCACGUCUGGGCGGGUGAUAAUCAAUGGCUAUGAUAUGGCUACGGCUCCAGAAAAGGCCCGUAACUCGCUCAGUAUCUGCCCACAAUAUAAUGUCCUCUUCGAUGAUCUGACAGUGGAGCAGCACAUUAGGUUCUUUUGUACCAUAAAGGGCCUGAAGAAGAAUGAAAUUAAUGAAGAGAUUCAAAAGUAUGUGCUUUUAUUGGGUCUCACAUCCAAAGCCCAGGUCCGAUCACGAAAACUUUCCGGUGGUAUGAAGCGCAAACUUUCAAUAUGCUGUGCACUCUGCGGUAAUACGCGCGUGGUGUUCUGCGAUGAGCCCAGCACUGGACUGGACCCAUCGGCGCGUCACGAUCUGUGGAGUAUUCUGCAGAAUGAGAAAACCGGACGGUGCAUUUUGCUAACAACACACUAUAUGGACGAGGCAGAAGUAUUGGCCGAUCGUGUAGCCAUAAUGGGCGAUGGUGAACUGCGUGGAUAUGGUACUGCAUUCUUUAUGCAACAAAAUAUUAGUGCAGGCUAUCAACUGAUAUGCGUACAGAUGGAGGACUGUGAUGUAGACAAAGUUACAACAUUUCUGAAACGUUAUAUUCCUAAAAUAACGCUAGAACACACUGUGGGUACGGAUCUCAUCUAUCGCCUUCCAGUACAGGAAACCUCUAAGUUUGAGAAAAUGUUUAAGGAUCUGGAGAAUAAUCUGGAGGACUUACGAUUACAUGGCUUCGGUCUGAAUCCCUCAACGUUAGCCGAUGCUUUUAUGAAAAUCGGUACGACAAAAACCAAAUUUCUUCCGGACGAAGAAGACUCUCGAAAAGCAACUGCCUGGGGUUCACAGACUGGUGAGUGUAGAUGCAAGAGUUGGGCAUUCCCAGAGAAAGACUCUAACCUUUUUAAGGCUAUCCCAGAGAUAAUUAAUAUAACAGCAGUUAGUUAUGCUGUCGUGCCCAUCUCUAAUAAAAGAAUAUGCGAGUUUUCAUUAAAGGGGACAUUCAGGGUUUCAGAUAAGGGACGACAUAAAGAAAGAGGUGCAAUUAUAUUUGAAAUUGCGUACUCUGUCCGUGAAAAAUAUCCUAUUUUUGAUACCAUUUUGAUUAUCUUUCCUAUGUAUGCAUUGGCCGAUGGCCUUAAAAUAAUAUUAUACAACAUUGAGAAAGUGGAAUCUAAACAAUGUGAAGGGGAUCCGGAGGGAUGCAAAGACGCCCUAAAAUCAAUUAUGACAUGGAGACCAACGCAUUUUUUAAUAAUAGAAGCGUUGCUUUACUUUGCAUUGUUGAUGCUCCUCUCUGUAUAUUCGAGACGGUUGAGGUAUUGCUUAAGAAAACUGAAUCAUAGAAGGUGGCCUAAACUAGUAGACAAUGAGGAAAAGGAUAAGGAUGUAUUGAAGGAGGAGCAGCGUGUUUCAGAGAUGACUGAGGAGGACAUUGAGGCUCAAAAUCUAGUGCUUGAUCACGCAGUGAAGGCAUAUAAAAAGUUAAUAGCAGUGCGGGAAAUUUCGCUGGCCGUGAAGCCAUAUGAGUGUUUCGGGCUACUUGGAUUGAAUGGCGCCGGAAAAACUAGCACCUUUAACAUGAUCGUUGGCGAGCAAUUGAUCGACAGCGGCAACAUAUUUAUCAAGGGGAUCAGCGUUAAGUCGAAUGCGUGCAAAGCCUUAAAACAUGUCGGCUACUGUCCCCAAAAUAAUACGUACUGGAACUUUUUGACAGGACGCGAGAGUCUGCAUAUAAUUUUCCAGUUGCAUCGCGUUAAAAAAGCGGAUGUCAAUGAUUUGGUGGAGCAAGUGGCUAAAUAUUUUCAAUUUCAGGAGCAUCUGGACAAAAUGGUCCGUAAUUACAGCGGCGGUACAAAACGAAAAUUUACCAGCGCCCUGUGCGCCCUGGGACCAACAUUAAUGUGCCUCGACGAGCCUACGACAGGCAUUGAUCCGGCGGCGACGCGUGAUAUCUGGGGGGUUCUGACACGCAUGCGGGAUUCGGGUAAAUCGCUGAUGCUUACCUCACACAGCAUGGAGGAGUGCGAGGCACUGUGCUCGCGCUUAGCCAUUAUGGUGAACGGCCAGUUUUGUUGCCUUGGCUCCCUUCAGCACAUAAAAAGCCGUUUCAGCAUGGGUAUGGUUAUUCAGAUUAAAGUGUGCGCCAAGGAUGAGUUGGACAGGGCCAAGGCAAACAUGAAGAGAGAGAGCCAAGCGCAGUCUGAUAUUGAAAAAAGAAAAUCAGCUUCUAGAAGCUCGGCUACUACCCCUAUACAGUCAGAGGAGGAGGCCACGACCAGAAACACCAUUAGCAGCUCUACAAGCGGCGAAAACAAAGAUGACGAGCAAAGGACGAAAAGGGACAAAAAGGUGGAAGAGAAAAAGAGGCGUGGGUCGGCUUCACCAACACAGCCAGACAAAAAGGUGGACAAGACGGACCGUCCGUCCACAUCGCAAGAAACAGUAAAAUCAAAUAGAACUGAAGGUGACAGCGAUAAUUUAGAAGCCCUCAUCGAUAAAGUGGUGGAGAGUUUGACUGAGAAAUUUCCCGAUAUAAAAGUAGUAGAACAAAACGGCUAUCGCGGCAUGGUCACAAUGCAUUUGCCCAACAAAGAUGUCAAAUGGUCUGAAAUUUUUGGUUAUCUUGAGAAAAAACGGGAAAAGCUGCAAAUAUUUAGUUACUCUAUUUGUCAGACGUCUCUCCAGGAAAUCUUUAUAAAGUUUGCAAAUGAUCAAAAAUAA